UGAGGCCCUGCCUGCAUGCGGAUCAGUCGCUUGGGGGAUGACCACAGAUGAAUGCACAAGAUGAAGCUGAUUCAAAGUCUUUUCCUGUCUUUUCUUGCACAUUUUCACUGGACCCUCCACGUCACCUCAGAGGACACACCGACCUUUGGCUCGAAAAAUAGCCCCAGACUUCUGAGUCAAGAUGUCAUCAAAGGAAGAUUUGUCUAUCCGGUCCAUCAAAACCACACUGUUUUAAUUUAUCAUGAAGACUCCGGGGAGAUUUAUAUCGGAGGAACUGACUUUGUGUUCAAGCUUGACUUGGAUCGCUAUCAAAUCGCUCAAGAAAUUCAUCUCCCGGCCACAGAGGAAGAGCAGUGCCAGGAGGGCUCUUGUGAAAAUAUCAUCACUGUCAUUGAGAAGUUUGGGGACACUCUGUUUGUCUGCGGGAGCAACGGACACAGGCCUCACUGCUGGAGACUUGUGAGUUCUUCCGCGGCGGUGGUGAAGCAUCACGAUGGGACGGGCAUCUCUCCGUUUACGUACACCCAGAACUCGCUGUCUCUCCGAGUUGAAGGCGAUCUCUACGCUGCAGCACCGCUGGAUACUGAUGGAAGCUCUUUGCAGUUCAGAAGGAAAGCAGGCAGGAGGGCAAAUGUCUGGAUGUACGACAGUUGGGUUUCAGAGCCCACAUUUGUCUCUGCCUCCUGGGUGAAGAGGAAAGAGGACCCCGAAAAUGAAAAGAUCUACAUCUUUUUCCGGGAAAAGAACUCUGACCAAAACCCGGAAGCCGAUCCGUGGAUUUCCAGAGUGGCCAGAGUUUGUAAGACUGACGAAGGCGGAUCAAAGCGAUUUUUCCAGAACACGUGGACAUCUUUCCUCAAGGCUCGUUUGGUGUGCGGCUUCCCAGAAGAGUCCUUGUAUUUCAACCGCCUGCAGGACAUCUACGUGCAGCAUGCCGAAGACUGGCGGGACACAAGGGUGUAUGCCCUCUUCACCAGCAGCUGGAACGCCACUGCAGUCUGUAUUUAUUCCAUGGAAACUAUUGAGGGCAUUUUUAACAACUCCACCUUCAAGGGCUAUGACAAGGCUAUUCCAGAACCAAGGCCAGGAACUUGUGUUCGCAACAGCCGCCUACUGCCAUUGGCCACCGUCAGCGUGGUGAGGGAUCAUCCGGAAAUGAGCGACUGGGUCCACUCGGUGCACUACGUGAAUCCGUUUUACGUCAGCAACGAAAACUACACCAAGAUCGUUGUGGACCGCGUCCAAGCGGCGGACCAGAGUGUGUACAGCGUUCUGCUGCUGGCCACUGACUCUGGGAAGAUUCAUAAAAUUCUAGAGUCGGGAUCGGAACCUUUCAUCAUCUCCCAAACGCAAAUCCCCAGUCAGUCCAGCUUACAGUCGAUGAAACUGGACUCCAAAAAGAAAAAACUAGUUGCGAGUUUUGCAGAGGAAAUUUCUGUGGUGGACCUCCGGAGUUGUUACGAGUAUAACAAAUCCUGCGCCGACUGCGUAUUAGCUCGGGACCCCUAUUGCUCCUGGACUCCAUCUGGAUGCACCCCGACAGUCCCUGAGGGCAUUCAAAAUAUUAUCGAUGGGAAAACAAGUGUGUGUUCUGCAUCCACAUCAGAACAUAAUCAAGUCAACCGGAGCAGAAGGAACGCCGCAUCGCCCCUAGAUAAGGAUUUGUUGACUCUGCACGCUGUGCCUAUGGGCGUCCCUUUUUACCUGUCGUGUCCGAUUGACUCUUACCAUGCCGUCUACACGUGGAAACACGAAGACCAAAGCAGCCCUUGCCUACAGAUGCGCUCCAACUGCCUGCUCCUCAUCCCCGCCAUGAACCACGCGAGCUACGGCACCUACGAGUGUGUCUCGGAAGAGAGGGACUACGUCAAGGUGGUGAAGGGAUAUCAUCUCACGGAGCAAGGGGGUCCACGUAGGAACUCCGAGCGAGCUUCAUCCACACAAUGAGUGAGUGCUCUGGAGUGCAUGUUCCCAAACAGUGAGUCUCGCACAUGUUGAGGCAGGUGGUUUAGUCUACAAGGAGUGCGCAGUCUGGCUCUCUUCCAGCCAAAUUGAGCGAGUGUAUUGUGUGCAGAAGGGUGGAGGCACACCUCCCACCCACCCCCGAGUCCUUCGAUGAAUUUCCUUGUUUUGUUCCCCCCACCACCGCCACCUACCUCUGCUGAGAACAACUCACGGACAAGGAGGCCUUUGUAAACGUGCAAUAAGACAGCCUUUGUUACGGAGUCGACAAUUUCUAACCUCUUCAAUAAUAUACAUUUUAUUUCAACUACUAAUGAUCAUGUUUCUUGCACUAUCGUAUGUAUAUUUGUACCUGUGUAGAGAUGAUGCCGGGUUUAAGAUAAAUUAUACUCCAUAUUUAUU